UCUUUCUUGCGUUCGGUUAUAUCAAAGUGCUCUACAAUGAAGAUACAGUUUAUUUUAAUCGUUUUGACCUUAUCAUGGGUGAAUAUUGAGGCUGAAGCUGGAAAAUUUCUUAGCGAGAAACCAAAUUUCUUGAAUCCCUGCAGUGUGAGAGGUGCCGGUUUUAAGAAUUGUUUUGUCAACAAUAUGGACGGCAUACUAAAUGAAUGGAGAACAGGUGUACCCGGUUUAGAUUCAAUUGGCGCCAUCGAUCCCAUGGACAUAAACCACAUCUCCAUUGAUGGUGAUCCUCAAAGUCCAAUGGGUAUUAAUUUGAAACUGGAUGAUGUCAAAUUGAGUGGCAUAAGUGGGGCGAGAUGCAGUGAAGCCAGCUUCAGCACAGAUCCCUUGGGCAUGAGUGCCCUCUUCGAUUUAUCGAAAAUUACCAUGAAGGGUGAAUAUAACAUUAGCGGUCAUAUUUUGGAAAUGCCAUUGGAAGGAAAUGGUCAGGCAGUGAUUAGUGUGGAUAAAAUUGUGGUAGAACUUAAAAUCCGUUUCAUCAGACGUCAAGAAAAAGACAAUCUAUUCUUGGAUGUGGAACGUCUGCGUCUGGAUAUACAUGAACUAUCUGGUCUUAAUUUAAAAUUCGAUAAUCUCUUCAAUGGCAAUUCAGCUCAAUCGACUGCUGCGCAUAAAGUUUUAAAUGAAAAUUCCUCCACCAUCUUUAAGGUCUUUAGACCCAGUCUCAAUGGUGCCAUGGGAAGACUGAUGAAAGAGUAUUGGUCCAAAAUAUUUGCCUACAUUCCGGCUACAUAUGCCUUUUCAGAUUUGCCAAGUGUUAAUGCGAGAAGAGGGUAAUCAAAUACCGAUUAGAAGAUUGUGAUUUUAUAUUAGAAAUUUAGAAUAU